GUUCACCCGCGGUGUCUGGCUAAACAACUGACCCACUUCUGAAGUUUUCGUUAAUCAUGGGGGCCGUCCGUGCUAUUCGCGCCGAGCUUGAAAUGAUGCGUGAAGAAUCUUGGGGGGUUUUUUAUAUGGACGACUCGCAAUGGGAGCAGUUCAUGGAGCGGUUCAGAAGGUUCACCCGCGAGAGAGUCCAGUGGUUUGAAAAGACUGGAGGGGGCGAGCCGAGUUUACAGCGCCUUGAAUGGAACGUCCAAGAAGACCCUGUCCUUGAGAAAUGCUCCCUGCAAGAAAUCGGGCGGCGACAUCGUGAUGUUAUAAGAGCACGGUACGGCGAGUACAGUGGAGGGCAUGUCCGCCACGCAUUCCCGCUUAUCGUCACUCAAGAAGCUAUGGAUUCGGUACUCGCGGCACCUGCUGCCAACGAUUGGCGUCCCCGUCAACAAGAGGACAGAGAGCAGAAGCGGCAGGAAGGAAUGGAGGCCGAGGGUAAUAUUUCGGACGACGAAGAGAAUGUUCCACUGCGCAAGGUCUUCGUACGGGAUGUGUACCCCAGACUCUAUUCCAUGCUCAUUGACGCCGAAUGAGAUAUCAUGAGACUAGUCUCUCCCAGUAUUGUUCGUAUGUCCUGAGACUAAAGUCGGUUAUUGUUGGCGGUCGUCACCAGGCUGCCGCUCAACGCCCA